AUGAACGCCCCAGAUAGAUUUGAGCUUUUCCUGCUACCAGAAGGAGAAUCGAAGCUUAAAAUUGAGCCUGAUACAAAGGCACCAAACGCUGUCAUAAUAACCUUUGAAAAGGAAGAUCAUACGCUGGGAAAUUUGAUCCGUGCAGAGCUGUUAGAAGAUAAGCGAGUACUGUUUGCCGCUUACAAGGUCGAACAUCCUCUGUUCGCAAAGUUUAGAAUGCGUAUUCAGACAGUUGAAGGAUAUGAUCCAAAAGAUGCAUUAAAAAAUGCUUGUAAUAGUAUAAUUAACAAGCUGGCGACCCUAGAGUCCAACUUUGAGACAGAAUGGAAUCUACAGACAUUGGUUUCAGAAGAUCAAUACGGUAUAUAA